CACCUUAAUUCGAUCCUUUCAAACUGGCAUUCAUUUCUUCCUGUACAUUCCCAAGCGAAAAGAACAUUUCUCCGCAGGAGCAACAGAAAGUAAACGCAGAGGGAAAAAGGAAAGUUUAAAUGGAUUCUUUCUCUGAGACAAUCGCAGUGGGGUCCUCUCACUUGUUGGCAUCACCUGUUGUUAAACUCCAGUACAACGGAGCAGUGCACGACAACUCGAUUCGCAUCCUGCCGCAAAUCGAUCAGAUAGGGCUUUACAGCACCGCCAAGAACCUUGCCAACCUAUCAGAGGAUGCCAUUGUUUCCUUGAUUCGUCUUGACUUCAAUGGCGAGCUUGUCACAGAUCCACAUACUCUCAACGAUGGAGAGUUAUUGGAGGUCUUGGAAGGAUCACCUGAAGAACCUAAUGUUGUCGCCCGCAUCACGGAACUCCAAAGUGCAGGAAAGACGCAUGCUAGUUCAAAUCGCGAGUACAAGGCUCACUCAGUCAGAGGGACACUCCAGUUCCUUCACACUGUUGAGAAACUAAAGCGCACAAAGAGAACAGGAUGGAUUAACCAUGGUAUCAAGCCAGCAGAAUCGAUUGCAGACCAUAUGUACAGGAUGAGCAUAAUGGCGCUUUUGAUCGAUGAAAAGACUGCCGGGGUCAACAAAGAUAGAUGUAUCAAAAUGGCUCUCGUUCAUGAUCUUGCUGAGAGCUUAGUAGGCGACAUCACACCAUAUGAUGGCAUUACAGUUGAGGAUAAGCGUACGCGUGAAAGGAAUGCCAUGCAUCAUCUUUGCCAUGACCUGCUUGGCUGGUCUAUGCAAGCACAAGAAAUCUCUGAACUAUGGGAGGAGUAUGAGGCUGCUAACACACCCGAAGCACAUUUGGUCAAGGAUUUUGACAAAUUUGAGAUGAUCAUGCAGGCUUUAGAAUAUGAAACUUCCGAGGCCACGGUACUGGAGGACUUCUUUGCUGGGACCCGUGGUAAAUUCAAGCAUCCCAUGGUAACCGCCUGGGUUCAUGAGCUAGAUGCAGAAAGAGCCGAGUCGCGCGCAAUCAAACCUUGAACCUGCUCCUAGAAAGCUUCUCGAUGAACUUUAAUAAAUUCUGGC